AUGUCUACAAACAAUGCUUCAACCACUUGUGGCUACCUAAGCGAGCUAAUUAAUUACAUCAACCUUCCUUACGAAUUGGAGGCCAUCAAUCAUAGCUAUGCUUACAAUUGGAUCAACGAAAGCUAUGUCAAACGCAAGGAACCACCACCACCACCCACGGCUGUCCUUGAUCCCGAUAUCUCUGGGCUUGGGGUACGUUUUGAAGCAGAUUAUACCUCCUUCUUGGCACCGGCUGAAUUUACACGCAGUGAUCAGCAGAUCAUCACGGGUAUUGCCAUCCUCGUUGCUGGCUUUGCUAAGAGAAGCAACAUUAUGGUGUACGAUUGGCAAUUAGUAACUUAUUUGGCGUGGAUGUCCUCAGGAACACAUCUAAUUACACUCUCUGUUCUUCGUAUUUACCUACGCGAGUAUCCGCAGCUUCGGAUGUGGAGGAUUUGUGGAAUGCUGAUGUUAUUUGUGAUGCUUUUCGUUGCCAUCAUGCCGACCGGUAGCAAUAACUGGUAUGAAAUUGUUUACUUUGAACAACCAGUAUUAGAGAAUGUCAGCGAGUGCACCAGCACCUUCAUUCCAGCGAAAUGUUUUUGGAAUAGCAAAUUUUGGAAUGCCUGGAGAUGGGAAGGAGCACUUUCAUAUGCUCUCUUAAUUUCGAACUAUGUCAUCAGGGCUGGCGCACUAUUCGAGCUAAAUGGGCAACGCUUUGAGCGAUGGCGACCUCAAGUAAGGAUCAGAGCUGCACUCGACGCAACUGUCAAAGAUCUUGCGAUAACCUCUAACAAAGCAUGGCGGAGAGCUGGAUUUCCGCAAAGACUACAUGCAGAGGUUAAGAAACCAGGAAGCCAGCCUAAUACGACAGACACAAAUGACACCAACGGAUGCCAACCUAACAUGAUUCAAUUAUCAUCACCAGAACAUGCUUCGGAGACUUCUCCCAUCUUACCGAGCUUGCCCUUGGAAGAACCAUUGUCCAGAACAGUUUUAGAAGCAACAGUGCACGGUGACCAAAGUGUACUCAGCAGCAGAGAGGACCCCGCACAGCCCCACUCACGACCAUUGAUACAGUCAACUCAAGGCAUUCAAGCGGAAGCCAAUGCUGACGAGAUUGAGUUGACGGGCACGUCUUCCAAGGGCAACAGUGAUCCUCUCGCACUUUUACAUCCAGAAACAGGACGGCUUGAGGCCGGCAUAAGCGCCGAUGUUUAUACGAAGUCUGAUGACAUAUGA